UACGUUUUCAUAAGUUAAGAGGUCGUUGUCGAAUGAAAUGUGGCUGCUUAAGUAUUUUUGUUUGGUUUUGUUAUUUUAUGGAGCAAAAGCACAACCUGAUGGUGGUGUAUGCAAAACGCCCUUAGGAACGUCGGGAGUAUGCAUAAGUAUUUUUGAAUGCAGUCCUAUCAUAGCCCUUCUGAAAGCGCCAAGCAGAACUAAUGAGCAAAUCCAAUUUAUCAUUUCGUCAAAAUGCGGUUUUAGUUCAGACGGAUUUCCGUAUGUUUGCUGUGGAUCAAAAUCUGAACAAUCAAGCCACCAAGAUAACACUUUCAUACCCCAUCGCUCUAUUCCAAGUCGAAAUGAAUGUGGAUGGCAGUCGCAAAAUAGGAUUUUUAAUGGAGAAAAAACCAACUUGGAUGAAUUUCCUUGGAUGGCUCUGAUCGAAUAUCUGUAUCCAAAUGGCCAUAAAAAGGUUGCUUGUGCGGGGUCAUUGAUAAGUUCGAGAUACAUUCUAACUGCGGCUCAUUGCGUAGUUAAAGAUAACCCCAGGAAAGGUGGUCAGCCAAUUAACAUUCGUCUGGGGGAAUAUGACUUAAGCAGUCCGGGUCAGGACUGUUUUGUCGAUGCAGGUUUUCGCAUUUGUAACGAACCAGAAGUCAAUGUAGGAAUUGACGAAAUCAUUCCGCAUCCGGCUUAUGCAGGCAAACCUAACCGAGAAAACGACAUUGCUUUGAUCAGACUGGAUAAAGAUAUUUCUUAUUCAGAUUUUAUCCAACCUAUUUGCCUACCUGAACCAAACGAAAAAUCAAGAAAUGGUGAACGAUUAACAGUUGCCGGAUGGGGCCGCACGGAACACGGAAGAAACAGCAACUUGAAACUGAAACUAGCCGUUCCUGUAAGCGAUUUUUCCAAUUGCUCGCAAAUUUUCUCCAAAGAAGGUAUCAACCUGAUCGAGAUUCACCAGAUAUGUGCUGGAGGUGAAGAGGGCAAAGAUUCCUGCACGGGUGACAGUGGAGGUCCUUUGAUGAGAACAUUAUUAACUGGCGAUUCAAGGUGGAUGAUUGAAGGCAUUGUAUCGUUUGGAGCCAUCCAGUGUGGAACUAAAGGAUUACCCGGAAUAUAUACAAGAGUUGCUCCUUAUGUGGCUUGGAUUCAUAAAACUGUUCGCGCAUAAGAUUGCUGUGAAUAGCAAAUAGGAAAUCGAAGCAAACAAUUCACAUGAAUUAUUAGUAUACGUAUAACAUCAGGAUAAUUCUACGGACAUAGAAUGGAAAUGAUUAAGAAUAACCGGAAUUCGGACAAAGGAGUACAUUCGUUAAACUGAUAAGCUGAAAUAGUUUUGUUGAUUACGAUUCCACAAUUAUCUUUAAUGUUUUAUGUAACUAAUAUUUAUUGUAUAGUAAACAUUUCUGUCAUUAAGUUAUUUGUCUACAUGAUGGAGUUUUAAAAAAACCAUGCCGAUGAUAUUGCAAUGGUGUGUAAUAAACUUAUUUUGACUUAAGUCGCAA